UGCGUUCAUCGCUUCAUUUUCGUCUAUGAGGAAAACGCAUCAUAAAUAUUUUCAUCAUCUUAGGUCGUGUUUACGAAUCGCAAAAAAUUCAAUUCUUAUUACGUGUGGAAAUUUAGCCAAUAUUUUGGACGCAAUUAUCAUGUCAGAUAUGUCACGAGCGGCCCAAGAGCCAACUCAAAAAUUGGAGGAGUAUGGAGUUUUUGAAGCGUAUCUAACGGAGGCGAUUCCAGAAGCUACAUUAAUGAAAUACGAGAGAGUGUACAUUAAAGCGACUAAAGAAGAGAAAAUCACGAAUCAGGCUACAUUCGACUACGCAGUGUGCCUAAUCAAAAGUCGAUAUGCUUCAGACAUCAACAGAGGCCUCCUCCUCAUGGAAGAUCUAACGCUAUCCCACCCACAAGGAAAUCGGGAAUAUCUUUACUUUCUAGCUAUCGGAUAUGCACGUCUCAAAGAUUACACCCUGGCGAUAGACCUUCUGAAAGCCAGUUUAAAGGUCGAGCCGGAAAGUUCGGAAGUCACCGCGUUUAAAGAGUUUCUCGAAUAUAAGAUGAAGAAAGAUGCAAAGAAAGGCUUGGUGGUCACUACAGGUGCAGCUUUGGUUGUCGGUGGUGUCGUUGGUCUUGGUUUGGCACUUUUGAAGUUGCGGCGAUAGUUUCGCCAUUCAUUAUGAUUUUGAAAUUAUUUUUCCCUUUUUGUGAUCGAAAUUUUACUAUUGUAUCAAACAAACCAAACCACUAAUAUAUUGAGAAUUGCAUGCCGAUUAAGUUUAAUUUAU